GGCGGAAGUGACGGCGUCGGUUACCUGCCUGAGUGAGGAGAAUGGAGGAGGGACACAGGCAGCUCCUGCGGCGGCGCCGGGUGGAGCUGGUCACCGAGCUGCAGCCAGAGCUCCUGCUCGAUCCGCUGUUGGCGAAAGGGAUCUUCUCUCAGGACAUGUUGGAGGAGAUCCAGAAAUCGGGCACACGCAGGGAUCAAGCCCGACAGCUGGUGAUCGAUUUGCAGACUCGUGGAAGAAGAGCCUUUCCUGCUUUUUUGGAGAGUCUGGAGGAAACUGGUCAACAUGAGCUUGUGAAGCUAUUACAGGAGGGACUCACCAAACACCCUGGUAGACCAAAGACGUCCUGGCCUGAAUACACCCCGGUUCGCCCUCCAGCUCCAGUACAGUGUUCAGAUACUGAUCUCAACAUUUGUAGAAAGCCAAAGCUAGGCAGGAACUGGAAUGAUGAGAUGAUUUACAAAAUGGAUGUGGUUCCUCGUGGCUACUGUUUGAUCAUCAACAAUGUGGACUUCUCUAAAAGCAGUCGUCUGGGCAGGCGUGAGGGCUCGGACAUUGACCGUGACAACGUCAAGAGGCUCUUCAAGAAGCUGCAGUUUGAAGUCAUUGCGAAACAAAAUUUGACCAAACAAGAACUGGAGAAGGAGCUGAGAGAAUUGGCUCACAAGGAUCAUACCCGUUUUGAUUGUUGUGUUGUUGUCCUUCUUUCACAUGGCAAUGAGGCUCAGCACAGUCAGUUUCCAGGCGCUAUUUAUGGAGUAGAUGGAAAUCCAAUAUCUGUCCAGCAAAUUGUUAGGCACUUUGAUGGGUCAAACUGCCCAACACUACGUAAAAAACCCAAAUUGUUCUUUAUUCAAGCCUGUGGUGGAGGGAUGAAGGAUCUUGGAUUCAAGACAGCUGAUGAAAUUGAUGGUGCUCCUGGUUUACUUUCGAGUGGUGAGAGCUUGCAAAUGGACGCAGUUCCCUGUCAGACGUUGGAUGAAAUUGAUGCAACAUCGAGCUUACCAACACCCAGUGACAUCUUGGUUUCCUACUCCACAUUCCCAGGUUAUGUAUCCUGGAGAGACAAGAGAGGUUCAUGGUACAUGAAAACGUUAGUGGAAGUUUUCAGUGAAUAUGCUCAUUUGGAAGAUCUGCAAAGACUUCUAACAAUGGUGACAAAGAGAAUUUCGGAAGACGAGGAAGCCAAAGGAAUAUACAAACAGAUCCCUGGAUCGUUCAACUUCCUGCGGAAACAACUGUACUUCAUAAAGCCGUUAGACCAAUGAGGGUCUGUGCUGUCCUUUCUGCUGCCACCUCACAAUGAAAAAAUAAUCAAUUCUCACCUUUCUGUAAAAAUAAUUAGGAAAUGUACAUUAUGUGUCCACAGACAGAUUUGUCCAGGACGUUAAUGUUAUAUUUGGGGCUGAACAUGCAGUCGCUGAUCAGAAUAUGAUUGAAUUAGGGCAGGGGAACUACGUACAUAUUACCUCUUUCCCCUCUUUGUGAUUAUCACUACAGAUAAUACAUUGCAAAUUCCCUCCCUUUCCCCCACAAUCAAUCAAUAAGAAUGAAUGCCUUACUGUGUGUUGCCCUCUAUGCUUUCCAAGCCAUAAAUUUCUAUCACAACUGAGUUAUGUAGAAUAUUUGUAACCAUGUACAUUUUUGGGGAAUAUAAUGUAUAAACAGUGUAUAAAAUGCAAAUAAACUGUAUAAAAAUAUAAAUGUAUAAAAUGUAUGCUGAAUAGGGCUGGUAAUAGUUAAGUGCACGAGAGGUUGUAAAAUUUGAUGAGUUUUUUUUAAUAUGCACACGCACAAAUGUGAAUCUAAAUGAACUUUUUAUUUCCAGCGCUGGGGGGGAGAGGGAAACUAAGACUUUCAAUUCUUCUUUUAGGGAACCGUAGCUGUUUUUCUAACGGUGGUGGAGAUUAUGUGAACACUUAAAAUCAACCCCCACCCACCAAACCCCGACCACCCACCCACCCACCCCUCCAAAAUCCAACUGAUUAAAAUUCA